UCCUGUUUCAGCACUGUUUGAGUCGUGUGUAUAUGUGUGAGUGUGUGUUUGUGAGUGUGUGCAUGUAUAUGUACGUUUAAAGCAGAUGAAGCUGCUGCAACAAACAGAAAUGUUUUCUGUUAUUCUGUGGAUAUGAAGUGAAGACCAUCUGACCUCUGACCUGCAGAAACAUGGGGAGUGUGUGACAGCCACAGGAAGUGUGAAGAUGCAGCACACCUCGUGCACAGAGGAUCGGAUCCAGCACGCUCUGGAUCGCUGCCUUGAUGGUCUCCGAUCAUCUGAAGUCCUCUCUCAGUCCUGGAACACUGGUUGGUGUAUGAACCGCUGGAGUUUGGAGGAACUCCUGAAAAGAGAUCCAGAAAACUUCCUCAUCCUCCUGCAACAGAUUCUCAAGAAAGCAAGACAGGUGCAGGAGGAGUGUGAGUAUGAAUUGGUGGCUCCUCUCACCAUCAUGUUUGAGUCCACACUUCUACAGACUCCCUACUGUCCAAUAGAGUGUGACAUCCUGGUAGAAGCAUGUGAAGUGUUUCAUGGUUUCCUCACAUGGCCUGAACCAUACAGCAGUGUGUGUUGUAGUGUUCUAACAACUAUAAAGCAGGAGCUAAAGGCACCAGGGAUUUCGUACCACAGGUUGGUGAAAGAGGAACAGGGCAUCACUGCUGAGCGUCAGCACGGCAAAACCAUUACGGUGUUGUUGUUGAACCCGGCCGACGUCCCCCAGACGUUUCUGUCUGUUGUUCAGCAGCUCAGCGCCAUCGACGUGUCACAGAGAGAGAUCAGCAUUAAUCUCAUUAAACACGCCAUUCAGUGCAGCCUGGGCACAAAAUAUCACACACACACCAUACACCUUGCACUGCAGUCUCUCAGUGAUGAUGUUCUGUCUCACACACUGUCGUGUGUAUCAGCGAUCUUCGAGACCGCAGCAGCUAUGACGGACACCAGCGCCGCUCGAGCUCACGUACUGAAAGGACUAGAGGAAGUGCAGAAAAAACUUGAUAUCCCAGCAUGCAACGGUGCAGCAUACAAUGGGACGCUGCAGUUUCUGAAGAUACCUACAGCAAAGUGCUACACGAUCCACUGGGACAGUGAUAAUUUUGACACCUUGUGUGAGUUUUUGGAGACUGAGCCUGAACUUUCCUCGAUCUUCUCUGAAGGACAAACGGAGGAGGAUGAGGUUGAUGAAGAGGACGCAGAUGAAGAAGAAGAAGAAGAAGAUGAGGAGGUAGAGGUGGAGAGGUACGAGACGGAUUGCCUGGAUCCGCGGGCGUCUAUGUUCUCCACAACAUCCUCUCUCUCCACCGCAUCCAAGGACUCCAUGUUGUCUACAUCAUCUGACUUCUCCCCGGUCUCCACUCUGUCCUCGUCUUCUCAGGCCUCAGGCACAGACAGUGACUUCUGUGAGGACAUUGAGGAGGAUCCUCACGUUCUGAUGCCCAUAGGCAAAAAUAAAAACUCCACUGGACUUUCCAAGCGUCUGUCACGCCUGUUCAAACCACGAGGACAUUCACUGUGUCGCGCUAAGAGUCUGGGGAACACGGACAGUAAAGAUAAGAAGGACCUUCUGCCCGCUGCUCGCUCCAAGCGCUCCAACUCCAUGCCGCAGCAGGUGCUGACUCUCUCUGUGGAGCCGGCGCACAGCGACAGUGUGGCCAUGAAGCCUGUGUGCUACAGGAAGCGUCCCAUUCUCAGCAGCGAUGAAGACGAGGACAUGGGCACGGUGCUGAUCAGGGUGAUGGUGUUCGGGGCCGAUCAUGUGGCAGGGAAACUGGCGCGGGCGUACAACAGCCUGAGGAAGAGAGAAAAACGUUCACCACGACUCACUAAACACUGCAGGAUGAAGUUCUUCUUUAUUCCUGUAAAGAGAGAUCAGAUAGCAAACGGAGCAGUGAGUCAGAUCAGCGCAAGUCCGCUUAAAAACACACAGGAGGUGGUGAACACUGAUGGGUCUGAGUACAGCACCAACAACAUUGCUCACCUUCUUGGGAUGCUGGACCCGUGGUAUGAGAGAAACACACUCUGUCUGCUCGACAUGCCGCUGCACGUGGUGUGUCAGCAGACAUCUAAGUCCGAGUCGGAGUGUGUGGACGACUCAGUAGACGAGUGUUUACCCAUCAUGGCUGACCUGCUGUUGUAUUACUGCAGAAAUGCAACUCGACCUGCACUCAUCCAGCUGUACCAGGCUGAGCUGACUCUGGCCGGAGGAGAGACAAGAACUGAAGUGUUCAUCCACUCACUGGAGCUCGGACACACAGCGGCCACCAGAGCUAUCAAAGCCAUGGGAGCUGCAAGUAAGAGGUUUGGUAUUGAUGGAGAUCGGGAGGCAGUGCCACUCUCAGUGGAGGUUGUUUAUAAUCAGGUGGUCAUCAGUGGGCGGAGUCAGAAGACGAGGGCAGAGAAAGUGUGCACAUCAAUAAACCUGACAAAAAUGUGUAGGACUCAAGAGGAACUAAAUCCUAAGAUGGAGUUCCUGCAGCUGACCAUGACUGAGGUUUUAAAGAGGCAGAACUCCAAAACCAAAAGGAACUACAAUCAGCAGCUGAGUGUAACUCAGGUGAAGGUGGACAGGUUUCGUGUCUGUGGAUCUGGAAACACGACGUUUGCUGUCUGUUUAGAUCAGGAUGAGAAAAAGAUUUUACAGAGCGUCACACGGUGUGAGGUGUCGGUGUGUUAUAAGCCAGACAGUUGUUCUGAUUGGCUGAAGGUGAGAGCUCUCUCCAGUCAGAUGGAGCAAACAUUCUGUUCUCUGCUCUGUUUACCGAUCUCCACCUUCAGUGGACCCCAGCCGUGACCCGCUGGACCUCGACUCGACUCCCUACUGAUGAACCUCAUUAAUGUUCAGUAGAUGUUUUCAGCUCAGGGUAAAAUCACUGUUAAGAUUGCAGACCUCAGCACUGACACUGUUUAUAGUUUUGCACCAAAAACACUGUAUAAUCUUUAUUAUAAAUCUUAUUGGAAUGAACUCCAUGUUUAACCAAAGUUAUGUGUAAUUACAGUGUGUACUUUAACGACAAAAAUCUAUCAGUGCCAUGUUCUGACCCGCUGAAGCUUCAAGGCCACGAUGUUAAAUAUGUGUCCUGCAGCUCAGUAAGAUUUUUAUUAAUGGUUUAAAAAUAAAGCCCUUUUUCCUU